AUGGCCAGCAAAUCAGCCUCCCAACAGUCGGAAAAUGGAGCGCCCCUCCCAUCGACCGAGGAGCCGUCGAAGGGAGAAGUCAAAAUCCCUUUGACCGAGGAGGGGCUCCCUGGGAUUACCACUAUCGUGGAAUCUCUGGGAGAGUCGAUAGCCCAGAAGCCGGCUUGCUACAUCGUGGUGCCAUUGAUGGUGGCCAUCACGCUCAUCAAGGGUUUGCCGGAAAAACCCUUCCACGAUGACAGGAACUUGGUGGCAGACGCCAUCUUCUUCACUUCCUGUUUAUCGCUCAGACUCAUGACGUAUUCCCGGGCAAGUUCUCUUCGUCAGUAUGAGGAGAUUAUCGUCCUGGUGAACCACACAAUCUACGAUAUGGUGGGGAAGAUGCUGAUCUUUCCCGCUGGGACCAAGAUCCAAUCGCAGGAGUCGUCACAAGCACUGUUCGCGGAUCGUUACCGCGACUACUUCGGCUCUUAUCUCCUCCUGGCGCCUUUGCUCGCCUGCAGCGUCUCGAUAAUGGGACUCUUUUGGACUUCGCAAGCAGAGCUGUGCUAUGGAUGCGCGAUAAUUUACGCUGUGUCCUGGUUCUUCAACAUCUCGAUGUUCGCCGCUGGUUGCGCGAUCCUACAUCGCGCAGAGCGUCGGGAUCACAUCCGAAGGGUCUCGGCUGAUCCUGGGACGCUCGAAAAGGAGGCAGACGCUGCAGACGGGACUGGAGAAGAUUGGUUGACGAGAUUCCUCCGGCUGUAUCGAGAGAGGCUGAUCGACAGAGUUUGGGUAAAAACCAUCGUGAUGCUGACUCUCUUCGUUUGUCUCAUCAUCGGACUCGUUUAUGGCACGGAAGCCAAGGACGGGCCUGACAUGAGCGUCGCGCGCUGGUAUGGCGGGAAGGUCUCGAGGACGACCUUGUUCGCCCCUAAUUUGAGCGAGGAUGAUCCACGUAACAAGUACUCGUACCGUAUAGAGCUGUUCAUCAACGCCAGCAUUGAGUACUGGGAGCCCGAGACGCAUCAACGACUCUUGGACAUGUUGGACGAAAUCGAGAGUAUUCCCCACGUCAGCACGCGGGGACUGACGGACUGCUGGUUCAGAGAUUCGCCCCUAUCGGCCGGGGUUGGAGUCCCGCCUUCAACAUCAUCGAUCAGAGCAGACUACAUAGAAGCUUUGAAGCAGAAGCUUCGAACGAGACCGUUCUCCGAUGUCGUUCGCGAUAUUCGGUUCGAUGUCAACGAGACGGAGAUCGUGGCGUCGCGAUGCGAAAUCCACGCCAAACAUGUUAGGAGCGCCGAUGACGAGCGGGAGACCAUACGCCACCUGAGGAGCAUCGUGGCGAAAUACCCAGAUUUGAGCUCCAGCAUCUUCACAGGUCGCCUGGCGCCCCGAGCCUUGGAAGGAGCUCUGAAACUUACAUCCAUGACUCUGGCAUACACGAUAUGUUUCGCCCUUUUCACGUAUUUCUCGUCCUCUCGGAAGGAUCCUGAUUUGAGCGCUGCUGAUAUCUUCUGGUGUGGCUGGUGGUUUUUCUUCUCGGUACUUUUCACUCAAAUCGGAGUCAUCGGCUGGUCUAUGUGGUUCGGUAUAGAAGUGGACCCAGUGGUGCAUCUACUCUGUGUGCUCAACGAUUAUUUCUGCUUCCCAAUGUAUUGUGCUGAUCUCCUCCCGAAGCGGAAGCCCUCUGAGGGAAGGCUGCAUGAUUCCGUCCUCUGUCUCAAAGUCCUGAUCUUCGAACUUUACGCGAGCGCCUGUUUCUGUAGCUACAUGUUGCUCACGACCGAAACUCCGAGCUUCGUCUGGAUCUCUGCGCUGGAGACUACCACUCUGGCGAUUUUGUUCACCGCGUUCAAAAACGUGUUCCUCCUCCCACUGGUUGCGGCGUCUCGUGAAAACCAAGAAAAAAUCGCUGCUGAGCUCAGUUCCAUCAAGUUUUGCUGA